GCGCCGUCGUGCGCAUGAGCAGCGCCGCGCGCAGAGGGCGGAAGUGGUAGCUGCUGCAGGGAGUGGGGCUGCGGUGCUUGCUGUGGGGUGGGCGAGCAGCCGACAUGGCGCCGUCCGGGAGCCUCGUGGUUUCCCCGGCAAUCCUGGUGCUCUUGCUUUUGGGGACCCCCUGGGCCCACGGACGGCGGAGCGAUGUGCGCGUCAUCACGGACGAGAACUGGAGAGAGUUGCUGGAAGGAGAAUGGAUGAUAGAAUUUUAUGCUCCAUGGUGUCCUGCUUGUCAAAAUCUUCAACCAGAAUGGGAAAAUUUCGCUGAAUGGGGAGAAGAUCUUGAGGUUAAUGUUGCAAAAGUUGAUGUCACAGAGCAGCCAGGACUGAGUGGACGGUUUAUCAUAACUGCUCUUCCUACUAUUUAUCAUUGUAAAGAUGGUGAAUUUAGGCGCUAUCAGGGUCCAAGGACCAAGAAGGACUUCAUUAACUUUAUAAGCGAAAAAGAGUGGAAGACCGUUGAACCUGUUUCCUCAUGGUUUGGUCCAGGCUCUGUCCUGAUGAGUAGUAUGUCAGCACUUUUCCAACUAUCUAUGUGGAUCAGGACUUGCCAUAACUAUCUUACUGAAGACCUUGGAUUACCGGUUUGGGGAUCAUAUGCAGUGUUUGCUUUAGCAACUCUGCUUUCAGGGCUGUUGCUGGGACUUUGUAUGAUAUUUGUGGCAGAUUGCCUUUGUCCUUCAAAAAGGCGCCGACCACAGCCAUACCCUUCAAAAAAAUUAUUACCAGAAUCUUAUUCUCAACCUCUGAAAAGAGUGGAAGAGGAACAAGAGGCUGAUGAGGAAGAUGUUUCAGAAGAUGAGGCUGAAAGUAAAAACAAGAUGAAGACAGACUCUUCCCAGAAUGCAAUAAGGCAGCGCUCUGUGGGUCCAUCACUGGCUACAGAUAAAUCCUAGUUCGUUCUGUGGAUAUCUCAAUAUCAUUUUGACAAAAACUGAAACUUGGUCUUUUUUUUUUUUAAUUUGAAGUGAACUGUGACUUGCUUGUUAAUUGUAGGGUUCAGUCUAGAUUGUCACUAGAUUGAACAAUCUGUGUUAAGAAAUUAAAAACAUUAGGUAUAACAGUUUGAAAUAUGAUUUGAGAACAGUACGAUGGUUUAAACAGUUCUUUCAUUUUUGAAAAAUCUGGUGCCAAGCAAUAAGAUUUGUGUGUGUGCUUGAUAAUAAUCUGUUUCAAGUUUGAGCUGAGAAAUUAAUUUCCCAAGUAUUGCAUUAUUGGGGUAUUUAAGAUUAGAGAAAAAUUUUAUUUAAUACAAUUUUUCUAGGUUUCACUAUGUGAAAAAAAGAUCAUAUUUCCCAUAAAUGGGAACUUUGCCCAUUAUCUCAAGAAAUGUGUCUAUGUUCUUUCUAGCAAUAUAGUCUAAAAUUUCUUCAUAUUUUUAGAUUAUGCAACUAAUAAAAACUACCUUUAAUUACAAUUUUCUACACAUGAUAUGAUAAUACAGGACAUUACUAUUUAUCCACUAGGAUGGGAUGUUUUUAUAAGUCCAUGGUACAUUCUUGAUUAAAGGUGAUUGCCUUUUUGUUCCCUCUGUUCAGUGUGUGGUUUAUAUUUUUAUUUGCCUUGGGUUAUGUUCAUUUUUCAAAUUCAGUGAUAAUUUCUUGGAAUAUUUUUUGUGUUUUGCUGAAUCGUACUUUUUUCAUUGUUUGAAACUAAAGUUUACUGAGAGAUCCAGCAGACUGUGCUGUCUAUUGAUAAUUCCAACUUUUGGCCACUUAUUUUGGAUUUCAUAUUCUUACUGAAUCUCUACUUGAAUUUUUUUUUUAUGUGAAGCUGAACAUUCCUUAUUUUUAUUUGAUAUGGAAAGGAGCCUCAGUGCUUGACAAUUUUGAAUAGUCAGAAAAGUUUAAUUUGUGUAAAGUUUGCAUUCUACUCAGGAAAACAUCUAGUGCAUGUUUUAAAUCAGUCCUAAUACACAGAAAGUUCUUAAUGAGUUUUAUGGUCUGUAAGCGUGAUGUUUUAAAAUUGUAACAUUUUUAUGUUCUUAAAAAAGAUGAACUUCACAUUCUGUUUUUUUGUGUUGUAUGACUGCUAAUACCGAUUUCAUGGUAGUAAUCAGCAGGAUGGGAUAUUUAAUGUAAUUUUACUUAUUAAAUUGUUAGAACACAAGAUUUUCACCUUAUAGCCAGGGUAGGGGUAUAAUGGAGAACUAUAAGCCACAGGAAGGAGAAAACCUGUAAUACUCAGAAUGAAUCACCUCAUUAGAUAGUUUCUUUAAUGUUCACCCUUUUCAGGUUUUGUUGCUGUGUGACUAUUAGAUUUACAGUAUCAUAAUGUACAUUGUUAAAGUCCUCUCCAUUAGAAUAUUAAAUAUUCUACUAUUGAA